UCCUCUUCCUCUCGACCUAACACCCCCUUCCCUCCUCCGACCUCUCUCUUCCCUUUAUCUUCCUCCGACCAUCUCCGUCAACACAAAAUCGGUUCACAAAUCAACAUUCUUAUCAAGAUCAAUCCUCCAUUGAGCUCCCGAGCUAACAAACUCUCCCCUCUCUCUCUCUCUCUUUCUCUCUUUUCACCUCCUUCGCCCAACGAAGCCACCAUCGCCAUCUAGGGUUUUUGAACCUCACUAACCAGAGUCUUAAGGGCCAAAGAGCCACGGUUCGCCGUAGAACUGACAAUAACGAAGACAGUCUUCCUGUGAUUGUCAUCACCAUCCAUUUCUAGGGUUUUCGCAGGGCUUCGUAGAGGAUAUUAUUGUCAAUUGAGUAGAAGGAAGAAGCCAAAGGGAACGCAGAACCCGAAGCGGGUCAAGACCAAGAAGACCAAUUGCUAGGCAGCAUUCUCUUGACCUUCCGAUUUGCCUUCUUUAGCCAAUUUCAGAAGGGGCACCACUCCACCUUCAUCGAUUAUGAGCUUAUAUCUAUCGUUGUCGCGGACGAGCGAUACGAGAGAGGUGGCCGCAUCAGAUCUAUCAUCAAGAGAUCCCGUAUAGAGGGUAACGAUCUGUUCCCAAAUAAGUAGAGGAUGGGAUCGUUAGCAGCGAUCGAAAGAAGGCCGAGAUACUCGUCGUCACGGUCAUCUGCGGAAGCAGAGAUGUGGAGGAGCCAAGAUACAUCGUCAAUGGAAUUUUCGAGCUGAGAGGACAUUUUCUUGAAGGCAGCAGCGGGAAUAACGGUGAAGACGCACUUCAUGAGCCCAUUAUGAGACGAGUGAGAGAGCAAGAGUUAGGGAGACGGAGAGCAGAAAAAGAGACGGAUCUCUGGGUUUCGAAUGGCUUCGAGGAACCAGAACAAACCCCCUCUACCCAACGCUACUCCUUGAAGUCCUUCUAAUGUAAGGUUUUAUUUGCCUCCCUCCGUGUAAUUUUCCUUGUUCUCUCUCUCUCGUCCCCUGCCUCUUUGCAUCAACGAACCGCCGCUGCAACUCUUAGCAGCGGUGGCAUCUUUGGUUCUUACAAAUUUUGGUUUUACUACACCUGGUCGAGCCGAAGUUCCGUUUGCUGGUUUGGACAUCAUUCUCCUAUUCAUAUUCUCAAUCGAACGGGCAUGCAUCACCGGCAGCUGCAGCGAGCAGAGAUCGGUGGUCAUUGGCGGCCACUCAGCCAUGAAACAGGAGAAGCUGAAGGCGGCUGAACACAGGAAAUUAGGAAAAUCUCUCCCUCGCUCGCUCGCUCCCGCCUACAUAAAUACCACGACACUGGUUAAUUUCUAGCAAUUAACCGUUCAAUUCCAUAAUACGAAAUGGGUAUUUCUUGGAUCAUACUCUUCUUUGGGAUUCUCUUCUUGGUUUGCAGCAGCUUCGCCGAGGUUGUAACCAUCGAUGUCCACGCGGCUAAGGAUCUCCUCCGUUCUCGCCACCACCGCUAUCUAGACGUCAGGACAACGGAAGAGUUCAACAAUGGUCAUGUGGAUGUGGAGAAUCCUUUGAACAUUCCUUAUAUGUUAUUCACCGCUGAAGGCAGAGUAAAAAAUCCUCAUUUUGUGGAGCAGGUUUUGGCAGCUUGCAGUAAGGAUGAUCAUCUCGUUGUGGGAUGUCUAAGUGGGGUGCGGUCACUUCAUGCGUCAACUGAACUUAUCAAAGCUGAUUUCAAGCAUGUCAGCAACAUGGGAGGGGGUUAUACUGCAUGGGUUGAGAAGGGGUUUGCUGUGAAAAAACCCAAAGAAGAGCUGUGACGAUGGUAUCAAUAAGUUGCUACUUUCAUUUUGUUCAGGCGGGUAGUCACAACUUAGAAGUCUUGUUGUUUUAUGUACUAAUCUACUGUUGGUGCAAACUCAUUUGUAUAGCGAUAAAUUCAACAAGAGAAAAGUUAUUUAGCAAAAUGCAGCUGCCAUUUCUCAA